UGUGCUUGUGCAUGUGUUUGUGUGUGUGUGUUUGAGUGUAGUUGUGUUUUAGAGUUGAUAAAUAGUGUGCAAGAACAUGCAGCACACGCAAUACUGACAAAUAGCCCAAAAAAAUAAAUAAAAACCUAAAAACACAACUCAACUCAAGUCUACCCAAUAUCGGCAUGGAGAAUAUCAAUUUUCGUAGCGAGGAUGCAGCUGGAGGCAGUGGGAACAGCUCCUCGCCAACAGCAACAGCGCCAGUGACACCUGGCGAGGAAUGCGGCUGUGUUCGUCUGGGCAAAUGCAAAUGGUUCAAUGUAGCCAAAGGCUGGGGCUUCCUAACGCCUAACGAUGGCGGCCAGGAGGUAUUUGUGCAUCAGAGUGUCAUACAAAUGUCCGGCUUUCGUUCGCUCGGCGAACAGGAGGAGGUGGAGUUUGAGUGCCAGCGCACGGGGCGCGGCUUGGAGGCGACACGUGUCUCGGGUCGGCAGGGCGAUGAUUGUCACGGCAGCACCUAUCGGCCACGCAUUAAUCGAAAAUCUCGCCGCAUGCGCUGCUAUAAUUGCGGCGAAUUCGCCAAUCACAUUGCCUCGGAGUGUGCGUUGGGACCGCAGCCGAAGCGCUGCCAUCGCUGCCACAGCGAGGACCAUUUGCAUGCCGAUUGUCCACAUCGCAGCGCAGCCGUGACACAAACCAGACAGAGCAGCGGCAGAAGCAAAAGCAUUGCCAGCGACGAGACACGAGAAGAAGCUUCUGCAACAACAGCAGCAGCAGCAGCAGCAGAGGCAGCAACAGCAGCAGCAGCAGCUCCCUAACGCGGCGUUACAGCUAUCUAUGAAGUUCAAAGCUUGUAAAAUACACCCAACAACACAAAAAACGUACAAAACGCAAGAAAUCAAAGAAAUACCUCACGUACAACCCACAACUACGUAUGUUUAAGUGCAGUUCUAGAUACUGGCAGUAGUUCUCUAAGUUUUAGCUAUAAGAUUUGUGUGUCAAAUGCAAAAGAAUAAACUA